AUGGCAUCUUCUUCACCCACUUCUCCAGAAAACACCACACCCGCCACUCCUUCCUCUACGGAAAACACCACACCCGUCACUUUGGUGCUCCCCCUCCAGCCACCCUCAAUUUCUAAUAUCAAAAAUUUUGUACCUCUUGAACUUACUUACUUGAACUAUCUCACCUGGAAAAAGGUUUUCAAACCUUUCUUGCGUAGCCAAAAUCUUUUGAACCUUGUGGAAGGUUCUGUCCCCUGCCCCGAACUCACUCAUCCACAAUACACAUUAUGGAUUCAAUGUGACACAACUGCUCAUAGUUGGAUCAAUGCGACGUUGUCGCCAUCUAUCCUCGACACACUUCUAAAUUACAAUUGUGAGACUUCUCAUCAAGCUUGGAGCAUGCUAGAGAAACUUUUUCUUGACCAUGUUUCUUCCUCUAUGAUCCAUCUUAAAAAUAAAUUUCAGAAUUUCAAGAAAGGAUCUCUUUCAAUGGAAGAAUAUUUACAACAGUUGCAUUCUCUAUCAAGUGCACUAUCUGCCAUCGGUAAACCAAUAUCAGACGAGGACCUUGUUGCUCAAACUUUGCAAGGCUUACCCCCGUCAUACAGAACAUUUGUUUCUGGACUAAAUGCAAAUAGGCCAUUUCCUUCAUUUUUUGCUCUACGUCCUCGUCUUCUUACUGAAGAGGAACACAUCAAAGCCAUUUCAUCUGAUGAUUCUCAGCAAUCAGUGGCGCUCUUUAUUGCAGCCAAAAAUACUAACGAUGCUGGCCGCUUUAUUCAACAAAAUCAAGGUCGUGGCUCUAAUCAAAAUCGUGGUCGUGGGAGAUUUCAUAAUAAGAAUCGUGGUCGCGAAUCUGGCCACAACAAUUAUCAUACAAAUUUUAAUAAUUCUACUCGUGUUGAUCCAAGCAUACUUGGCCCUCCGCCGACUCCAAAUGCGACUAAAUCGAUGACACAAUGUCACAGAUUUGUUUUCACUACAAUCAUACAGCUUUGGAAUGUCGCAAUCGCUUUAACCAUUCUUUUGUUCCACAAAAUUUUCCCAAAGGUUUGGCAGCGAUGA